UUUAAGGUUGUAGAUGGCGCAGUUGACUUUUGAUAUUUACAAAAAAUAAUCGAAUAUCGGUAUAUCGGACCUCCAAAACAUUGGCAAUAUUUUCUAUUCGUGUCAUUCGACUCAUUCGUAGUUGUUUAUGGAAUUAAGUUCAAAUUAAGUUGUCGUUGAUUAGAAUUUUGUUUAAUUCAUCAAACGAAUUGAUCGAAAAAUGGAUUACGGCAAGCAACACAAGACUCUUUUGCAAACUAUUAUACAUGAGGGCGCUUUGCAUGAAGAUAACGGAAAAGAAUUGGUUAUCAGAUUAUUCGAUCACAACGAUACGACAAAAGUAUUAAAUGAGAUAAACGCACAAUUACAACCGUUAUAUAUGGUUAUAAAAUGUGUGAAUUGCGAAGUUACCGGCCAGUUGUAUUGGAUUUUUGCAAACACGAUAGAAGAUAAAACUGCCAGAUUACAUCCUGAAUUCUCACAGGUGGAAUUAGCUCUCUUGCGCAAUGUAUAUUCUGAAAUUGUUACUUCAAACAAUGGUUAUGUAUCGAGUACACUUUGCCUCAACUUAUGUUCAAUGUUAAGUGUAAAACUGUCUAAAGCUGAUGCUGAACAAUUUUUACAAAAGAUGGUUGAUAGAAAAUGGUUAUGUCGCAAGGAUGGUAAAUAUUACAUGGGAGUAAGAAGCUUAGCAGAAUUACUACAAUACUUUAAAGACACCUAUGAUGGCAAUAUUCAAAUUUGUACUUUAUGCGACCAGGAACUCUUUUAUGGUGAGAAAUGUAAAGAAUGCUUUGCUAUGACACAUGUUUAUUGCUUGGAAAAUUAUGCGAGAAAUGGUGGUUUAGGAUGUCCCAAAUGUCGUCUUCCCACAUCAGCACAUAAUCGGCCUAAUGAUAAUAACGUUGAUUGCAUGGACGUUGAAGAUGUAUCACAGAUAGAGAUAUACGAGACAACACAAUCUAGUAGGAGAAGAUUAAAACGGAGACACGAAUAAGGUUCAAUAUAAGACGCUACAUUUAAUUUCUUAUUUAAGAAUAAGAUCUAUAAGAUAACAUGACAACUAUGUUGCAAACUAAAGAUUUUUUUUCCUACAAAAUUAUAUGGAAUAGACGAGAUGAUAGAAUCUAUUUUAAAAAAACGAAAAUGUGCAUAAGAUUUAAUAUAAGAUGCUACGUUUAAUUCAUUCAAAAUAUGGAUAUAAGUUCAUUUCACAAUUCAUUUAAAAAUAUGGAUAUAAGAUAGCAGAACAAAUGUUGCACACUGAAGAGAAUUUGUUUAUUUUUUUAUAAAAUAAUAUGUAUUAAAUUACCAAUUAUAUACAAUAAAAUUACAUUCAGUAUAG